CACCAAAAAGCGGAAAAAACAAACACAGAGAUAUGGCACCCUCGAUAUUCUUCCUGUUUUGUACUUGGAUCGUCUUCCUCAUUUUGCUUCCUGCUUCCUUUGCUGAUUCCCUAUGCCGUCCAGAUGAGAGCUCUGCCUUGAUGGAAUUCAAGCAAAGUUUCAGAGUCGAUAGAACAUGGUGGGGUUGUGAUUAUCCAAAGGUUGAAUCGUGGUCACUAGCUGGACAUGGAGAUUGCUGCUCAUGGGAUGGCGUAAAGUGCGAUGAGGCCACCGGUCAUGUGACAGGCCUCGACCUCAAUGGAAGUUGUCUCUUUGGUACCAUAACUUCCAACACUAGCCUCUUUCGCCUACUCCAUUUGGAAUCGCUCAAUCUCGCUUUCAACGACUUCAACGCUUCCUCAAUCCCACACGGCUUUGGCAAUCUUUCCAAGUUACACUACCUUAAUCUCUCUUAUUCUGAAUUUUCAGGGAAAGUCCCAUCGGAUAUCUCUAGGCUCUCGAGAUUAAUUUCUCUUGAUUUGUCUCGGAUGUGGGGGGAUCUUGAGAUGCCCAACCUAGGCAAUUUUGUUCAAAACUUAACUAUGCUUAGAGAACUUGAUCUCUCUAACACAAGCAUACCAUCACCAUUCCCUCAUGUACUUGCAAACUUGUCCUCUUUGAAGUCGCUUAAACUUGCAAAUUGUCAAUUGAAUGGAGAAUUACCGGUGAGCAUCUUUCGGUUACCAAACCUGGAAGUCCUCCACAUUGGCAACAAUGACAACCUUUCUGGUUUUAUUCCCGAACUACAUUGGGGUAGUCGCCUGAAAUCAUUGUCUCUUUCGGGAACGAAUUUUUCGGGAGAAAUACCUGUUUCGAUAGGAAAUCUUAUUUUCUUGAAUGAAUUAUCAAUUUCAGAUUGUGGUUUCUCGGGUUCACUUCCCGCUUCACUGGGUAAUCUUUCUAAGCUCUCUUAUCUGGAUAUAUCAUCAAAUGAAUUCCAAGGUUCACUUCCCGCUUCACUGGGUAAUCUUUCCGAGUUCGCUUAUCUAGAUAUAUCAUCAAAUGAAUUCCAGGGCCAAAUCCCCGCUUGCUUCGCUAAUCUUACCCGGUUGUCCACUCUAUCUCUCGUUUCCACUAAUUUCAACGGUGGCAUUUGGCAUUGGCUUGCCAACUUGGCAAAACUGACCGAUUUGUACCUUACAGGUAAUAUUUCAACAAGUAGCAAGAUUCCUUAUCCGAACAAAAGUGAAAUCCCAAACUCAUUAUGGAAACUCAAGGAUCUUGAAAUUCUGGAUCUUAGUGGGAAUAAUUUGAGUGGCACCGUGGAUUUACACAGGCUCAAGAACUUGGAAGAUUUAUAUUUGGACUUCAACAACAUCUCUUUUGUUAGCAAGACCGAGAUGAAUACCACACUUCCAAAACUUUCCGAUUUAAGUUUAGAAUCAUGCGACUUAAAUGAGUUCCCCAAGAUUUUAGGCCACCUAAGCGGAUUAGAGUGGAUAGAUCUUUCGCACAAUAAAAUCGGAGGGAGUAUUCCUACUUGGAUGGGGAAUGGCAGCAGAGAAUCCUUGUGGUUUGUAGAUCUUUCUCACAAUUUUCUAACUGGCUUUGUGGACAACCGCAUCAAUCUGUUGCUACCUAACUUGACCUAUCUUGACAUUAGUUCUAACUCGCUCAAAAUGAGACUCCCUACUCCACCUCCAUCAGUGUCUUAUUACAAUAUCUCCAACAAUAUCCUCUUCGGAGAUAUGCAAUCUAUUUGUAGAGCCAAGUCCCUUGUCACUCUUGACUUGUCCAACAAUAGUCUGAAUGGCACAAUUCCUACAUGUCUCAAAAACAUUCAUUCUUUGGAAAUUUUGGAUCUUGGAAAAAAUAAACUUGAUGGAAGCAUUCCUCGGGCUUACCCUAAAGGUUGUGCAUUAACUCUUAUUGACCUCGCAGAGAAUCGUUUGCAAGGGCCUGUCCCAAGAUCUUUGACGAAAUGUAAAAUGUUAGAGUGUUUGAAUCUUGGUCACAAUCAAAUUCUCGAUGGAUUCCCUUCAUGGCUAUCAGAGUUGACCAACCUGAAAGUUGUUAUCUUGAAAUCCAAUAAUUUCCAUGGUCCAAUAGAAACAUAUCGAAGCCGGUUUAACUUUAGCAAUUUGCAUAUUAUGGACCUUUCCGACAAUAGUUUCGAUGGUGAACUUCCUUCCAAGAUGUUGCAAAGUUUCCAUGCCAUGAAAGUACCAGUUGGUCAAGAUAGAUUGGAAUAUAUGAAUACCUUGGCAGAUAUCACUUCGCCCUCAUAUACAUUUCAACGUAUUUUCGAUUACGGAAUGAAAUUGAUGAACAAGGGCACAGAAAGGGAAUACCCGAAGGUUCCAUAUGCCCUUAUGGGAAUUGACCUCUCCAAUAACAAAUUUCAAGGGUGCAUACCCGAUGUCAUUGGAGAUUUGAAGUCACUUCUCCUGCUUAGCCUUUCGAAUAACAUUCUCACCGGCUCUAUCCCGCUGUCCUUAGCAAACCCGACAAGACUGGAAUCUCUAGAUCUUUCUCGAAAUAAGCUCUCGGGAGAGAUUCCUCAACAGCUAGCCCAACUUACAUUUCUCUCAUCUUUCAAUGUCUCUCAUAAUCAACUGUCGGGACCAAUACCACAAGGGAGCCAGUUCAAUACAUUCGCGACCGAUUCAUUUACCAUGAAUGAGGGGUUAUGCGGAGAACCUUUGCCCAAAAAAUGCACCAUGGCUGGGGAUAACGUACCAUUCCCACCAUCUCGCAUGGAAGGUGAAGAGUCUCCAUUUAACUUGGAUUGGAAAUUUGUGCUAAUUGGUGUUGGAGUUGGGUUUUUGGUCGGCGUUGUUCUGGGGAACUUGAUCAUUGACGAGAAAAGUAAGUGGUUCUUAUACUACUCCAAGAGAAUGGCAAAAAGAUGGAACAAAUCGAGAAGGCACUGA